GUUCUGGUAACCAGAGAUGCAGCAGGGAUUGUUUUCUACUAUGAGGAAUUCUUUGUUUUCUGUAAUAUUUGUUUUGUGUUCUUGCCAGAGACAGCAAGCAAGCAAGCAAGCAAGCAGGCAAACAACAGUGGACACACAGAGACAAGCUGGGGUUCUGAACUUGCCCAUCAGCUGUUCACACCUGCACAUCAGACCACCAGCAGUCUUUUGCAUCGUGCGCUCGAUGUCAACUGACGAAGACAGCUGGAUUCCAGAGCAUGAAACCACGGUUAGUGCCAAACUCCUUCAAAAGGCACGGAAGAGCCCUUUGGUGCCAGCUGGCAUGAUGGGGUUUGUGGCUGUGGCAGCCUACGGACUUUACCGGCUGAAGGCAAGGGGGAGUAUGAAGAUGUCUGUCCACCUGAUUCACACUCGGGUAGCUGCCCAGGCCUGUGUGGUUGGAGCCAUAACACUUGGCGCUGUCUACAGCAUGUACAAAGACCACUUCCCCAAACAAAAAUAGAUGAGACAUGGCUGGCAUUGCUUUGUCCCUUCUCCCUGAAUGGAUCUGAAUACCCCGGCGGCAACUCCGGCAGGGCUGGGAGAUCAUGUGGUUUGCUCUAGCAGAAGAAAUAAGCCCCCUGCAGCCUCAACUGCUUACUGAUACGGCUUAUAUAUGUUUCCCUAAAAUCCUGAUGUACGUGUAUAUAUUUUUAAAGUUUUGAGAAGUGAAAGGGAAUCCUUGUGGAAACAAGAGGACUGCAAAAGACCCUCGAGGGAUUAUCGAGUAGCUAAGCCCUCCCUCUGCCCAAGGAGAGGAUAACAGUUGCCCAGCCUGCUUCUCCUGAAGCUAUUUGCCCCUUCUCACAUUCUAAGUGUGACAAUUGCCUUCUUUCAAUCACACUGAAGUCCUUACCCUGCAGUUUCUCAAGAGAAAAACAAACCCUCUCCGAAUACAACAAAAUCUAAUUCAUAAUAAAGCGUGUGACUCGAGCACGUGUGUGUGCAUAAAAAGGAAAUUCACACUGACAAGUGAAGAUUCGCUUGACUCUGGCUGCAAAAUUAAUCCUUAUUUUAAUGCAAACUGAACUACUCUUGUGAUGUGUCUGCUGUGUAAUUUUCUUUUCUUUUUUAAGAUUACCUCUGCACCUAAGCACAUUUUAUAGAGGCUCUGUCCUGUAUAUGACUUAAGGACAAUAUUAACAUCUAAUGUCACUAUUUUAAAUACAAUUUAAAAAUUACCUUGCUUGAAAAGGCAUUAAAAUGCACGUAUUUGGUAAGAUGGCUUACAAUGGCAUUAUUCAUUUGAAUAAACAUUUCUUUGGACUUUGAUAUAUUUCUGCAUGUGUACAUUUGUAGACAAGACGAAUAUUUUCAGCAGACCUUCUGGAAAUGUGAUAUUCAAGAGUAGGGAAAAUUAAUAGAAGAUGACAGGGCUGGCUAAGUGCUUUUAUAAAGCCGAGACGUGGAGGAAUAUAAAUACACACCCAACUAGUGAAAUGCCACAGAAACAGAAGUAGACUUUUUUUGCUGUAUGGUAGAAAUGCAAAGAAUUGCAUAGGGCACGGGGAGAGAGUAUUCAAGUAUUUUAAGAGGGAGGAAUAUCUGCUCCCUGCCCCGCCUACUUUUGUAUUGAUUUUUAUACACCCGUUUCCUGCUUUACUUGCCUUUCCUUCUAAACUUCUAAGUGCCAAAUGGUGUAAUCUUUUACCUGAAGGAGUGUCUCCACCGCCACCCUUCAGCCCGGACACUGAGGUCCAGCUCCAAGGGUCUUCUGGCGGUUCCCUCACUGCGAGAAGUGAAGCUACAGGGAACCAGGCAGAGGGCCUUCUUGGUAGUGGAACGCCCUCCCAUGAGAUGUCAAGGAAAUAAACAACUAUCUGACUCUUAGAAGACAUCUGAAGGCAGUUCUUAAUGUGUGAUGUUUUACAAUUUGCUGGAAGCAACCUAGUCAGAUUGGUGGCAUAUAAAUAAAGUA